AUGGAGGCAAAGGUUCGCAGCAGCAACGGGGCUCACCCAAAGGACGAGAACUGGCAGGAAGGAGAAGAGGAUGAAGGCUGGGAAGACGGAGACUGGGGAGAAACCUGGGAGGACGGUUGGGAGGAAGCAGAAACAAACAACCUCUACCCAGACCCCGGCAGUCGUGGCUCAAGUAGGGAAGAGGGCUCCGGCCCGACCGUGCUUGGGGCCAUGGCGCCAAAGAACCCGAAAAGGAAGGUUCCUCCAAAGGAGGAAAAAGACGAGGAUGAAAAGGAGCUGGAAGCUCUGGAAGAGCAAAUGGACAGAGCAAGGGGUCAGUUCCAAGACCUGAAGGAAAAGGUGGAACUUGCGAGGAGACGUCGCCAGGAAAGACUUCUUCAGGAAGCGGAAGAGCUGGCAGAAGCCAGGAGACGUUCCCGCGGCGAGGUGCCAGGGCAGUCCAGCUUCGGAGCGUUUUCGUCUUCGUCGCGAGGACCUCCGGAGAGAGUGCGCGAGCCAAAGGCCGGAAAGAAAGAGGAGAAGAAGGAGGUGAGGUCUAAGGCUUUGGACACGGCACCCUGGAAGCGCGUUUCGCGCUACCGGGAGCCACCAGUGCCUGAGCCCAAGACCCCUCCAAAGGCGAAGCAAGAGAGGCCGAGAACACCGCCGAAGUCACCACCGCCUUCCAGGACCAAAAGUCCGCUUCUCAAGCCGAAGGUAGAGCCAAAGAGAACAGAACCAAAGUCACCACCUUCGAAGCCAAAGGUAGAGCCGAAGAGAACAGAACCAAAGUCACCACCUUCGAAGCCUCCACCUAGAAGUGAAGAAGUGCAGCCAAGAAGCGAAGAGGUGGAGAGACAACUUGCUACCACAGCGCCGAAGUGGGGAGCCUCAAGGAGCCAAAGACCUGUGGCGAAGGCAAAGCCAAAGCUUCUAAGGAGUCCGGCGUCUUGGGCAGGAAUGCGCUUCAGGGAACGUGUGGCCCACCAAGAUGCCAUACGAGACAAGAAGCCCAGAGGCACCGUCGGGGAGUCCUUACUGAAGAAGCAAGGCGAGGCCUGCUCCACCUGCGUGUCGAGGCGACUGAAGUUCAGGAGCAAAGCGUCCCUUCUGCUGAAGAAGAGGAUGAAAGAGUACAAGGCAGCAGCUGCAAAAGCAGCGGGCUCCCACUACGCCAGGAAAGUUUUCGAAAGAGAAAAGCUUGUGAGGGCCGACAGGCCCAGCAAGGCUGAACUGAGGAGCGCAAAGUUUUCCUUGGAGCCGGAGAGCUCCGAGGACGAAAGCGACUUCGAGGAUGACCCUCCAAGCGAGGGGCCCGAGGAACCCAAGAAGGAAGAAAAGAAGAAGCCACCAAAGCAGGAAGAAGGAACCGAAAAAGCAACCGCGAUCACGGCAAGCACCUCGAGCAGCAUGCAGAGGAUGCUAGCGUCGGGUCUUAUGGAGACCAACCGUGCGAACCUCGCGGUCUUGGACCAGAGGAUCGCGACAAAGAGAGAGAAGCUCGAGGGACGCGGCAGUGACCCAGAGCUGGAAGCCGAGAUCGCGAGCCUGGAAGACGAGCGGAAGCGCCUGAAAGAGGAGCGUGAGCGCCUCAGGGCGCAGCAAGCGGGCGUGAAGAAAAAGGAACCCGAACACCGCAGAGACCAGUCGGUGCACGACGUGCGCUACAAACGCCAAGUGGAAAAGGGAGACAGCCACUGGAAGGCUUGGCGUGCGGAAAAGGGACGAAGGAGAGCGCAAGAGCACAGACGCAGCGGUGUGGGCGAAAGAGCAAAGGAGAGGAUCGAGGCCGACAAGAAGUGGCACGCCCGGCACGACGUGAAAGUGAAAAGGGGCGACUUCCGCGAUAACCAGAAGGAAGAGGUCGACGGCAUCGACACAGAGGUUAUCCACAGCGAUGGGACGGAGGCCAAGCCCGAGCGGCGAAAGGACUACCGCCCCCUCACGAAAGCCGAAAGGACGAGCCACCGCGUGGAUGCCGACGACGAGGAGGAGCUCUACCGGAAGGAGCUCGAAAAGCAGGAAAGGCCGAAGGCGACCGGGCGCUACUCGGCGGACCCGUCGAUUGCGGCCGAGCAGAAGAAGAAGAGGAACCAAAAGAGAAACCAAAGGCGCAACAAGCUGAAGAGGAAGCUUGGAGGAGAAGACCCGGAGGACCCGGGCGAAGGAGGCGUGCACCAAUCGGUGCACAGCUUCGAGACCGUGGAUGCUGCCAGCCUGGGCGCUUCGCCAGGCGUGGCUAGCGUCGAGGUCAACUUUGACACGGGAGCGGCCGUGACCGUUCUGCCUGAGAAGUACGUGACGCAGCCAAAGGACAACGGCGUCCGCUACAAGACGGCGUCAGGUGAGGCGCUGAAAGACCAAGGAAAAGCCGAGGUCACCCGGCACUUUGCGUGCAAGACGCAUUUUGCGUUUCUGCACGGAACAGGAGGCUUGCUGGUCCCAAAAGGAACUGCUUUCGCUAAGGAGGCCGACGAGGCGUUGCGCCAGUUGGCUUGGAAGCACAAGGGUGUCGGAACCAAGAUGCAAGUGAAGAACGGCAUCUACGUGUUUCCUCUGCAAGACGAGAAGAAAGGAGAAAAAGGAGGCACUGAAGACGACCGCUUUGCCGAGGAGCCGGAGGCUCCAGGCGAAGAACAACAGAGGGCGAUAGUGCCGAAGAGCCCAGACCAGCCAACGGCUGACCAGAUCGCACAGCACGAAGCCUCGGGGCACGCGGUGCACCGUUCCUGGUGCGUCCACUGCCAGAGAGCACGAAAGAUGGUGAAUCCACAUUACCGGAUUCGGAGAGCCGAACUUGAGACAUCUUUGCCGACGCUACACAUGGACUACUUCUUCCUGGGCAAAGAAAAGCAGGAAGACGACGUGAUGCCGCACCUGGUGGUUCGGUGCGACAAAACGCAGCGCACUUGGGCAACUUCGUUGCCCGAGAAAGGCACGCAUGCGUACAACGUCACGUGGUUGGCCAGCGUGAUACGCGAGGCCGGAUGGAAGAGGAUGUGUUUAUUCUCAGAUAAUGAACACGCCCUCCGUGCGCUCAAACUCAAGGCCUCCGAAGAAGUCCAAAAUGUAGUGUUCGACUUGAGAGAGAGUCCUACAAGUACGGAGCACGAGAAUGCGCCAUCGAACGGCAUAGCCGAGGCCGCAGUGAGAGAGGUGAAGCGAAUGGUCCGAGCUAUCCUGUCGGAGCUGGAGACAAAGCUUAAGAUCGAGGUGGGCGUGGACCACCCGAUUCUCGCCUGGAUCGCGAGGCAUGCAGCGUUCUUGAUGACACGUUUUCGCAUUGGCGAAGACGGGAAGUCAGCUUACGAAAGGACGCUGGGCCGACCGUGGAGGCGACCUACCAUUGUCUUUGGCGAACAGGUGAUGUUCAAGCCAGUUGGUUCGAGACACAAGCGAGGAAGCCUAGAUGCAAGAGUUUGCAUGGGACGUUACGUCGGAACUGCGUCGAGGAACGCAGACUUGCUGAUCAUGACGUCCGAGGGUAUAUCCCGGGGCCACUCCUUGCACAGGAGGCCCGAGGAUGAGAAAUGGCCUGUUGAAGGUUUCGACGUGCUACGCGGAUUGCCUUGGAGGAUGUCCGGUCCACAAGAGCGAGCGUCGCCCAACCGAGUCGGUAUGCCCGCUCUCGAAGGCGAACAACCCGCGCCACAACACCGAGACUUCAAGGCACGCAACCUGUACGUCAUGAAGUCCGACAUUGAGCUGUACGGCUACACGCCUCAGUGUCCGGGAUGCGAUGCGCAGCUGAUGGGUCUCCCGCAGCGAGCGCACAAUGACGAGUGCAGGAUGAGAGUGCAGAGAAGACUGCAAGAAACUGACGAGGGAAAAGAAAGAGUGAAAAGGGCCCAAGAGCGAGUUGAAAAGGACUACGGAAAGCGGGUCAAAAGAGACCAACCCGCGCUGGAAGGAAGACCUGCCCCCGACGCAAUGGAUGUUGCAGCAGAGGAAGCGGCAGGCGCACCUUUGUCCAGACCAAUGGCGGUCGAGGACCGCGCCGAGCCGAAACAGCGGAAGCGCGCAGCAUCCAAGGACGUCGAGGACCUUUACCAGGAAGAGCCCAGCACGAGGGCUACCGAUGGUCCAGAUGUCGAGGUCAUUGGAGUACACGUGCAAGGGGGAGCAAGUGGCUCUGCAGGACCCGGCCUGGACCACUCACACCAACAAGCACGAGCAGAUGCAGAAAUGUACGACACAGCAACGGCGAAUCCGCCACCAGCCAACGAGGAAGUGCGAAUGAACCUGAUUACGCGGAUGUUCGAACAAAAGGGGCUCAAGUGCAGCCCGACCGAAGCGAAGGCCAUAAACUCUAUGGUUCUACAGUUGGGAGGUAAUGGCAAUUCAGCUGUGCCCUGGAGCAUGGUGAAUGAAGGCAUUAUCUUGCCAAUGGACCAAGAGCCGCCGAUGUUCGCUCAGGCUGAGCAUUUGCGUUUCUUCGAAAAGCUGGAACAAGUGAAGCCAAAGCUUCUGGUGGGCAAGCUGCCCACUGGACCCUUCCAGUCAGUACAACGUGCUUUCGACAUGACCAACAAGAUUGGAGUCGAGACCAAACGCGGAAAUUUGAGGAAGGCCCGAUCUCAACUGGGGCUUUGCUUUGAGGCCUUCGAGGCACAGAAGGAAGCCGGAAACUACUUCCUCUAUGAGUGCCCAAGGGGAACUAAGUCCUGGGAGCAUGAACUUGCUCAAAGGAUGGGUUCGUACUUGGUUGAAGGCCCAAUGUGCAAGUGGAAAGUUGACGAAAGUGGAAAAAUGAUUGCAGGCCAAUCCGGCAAGAAGCGAACCCGCUGGAUUACUAAUUCGGCGACGGUUGCAACAGCGCUGGAAAAGCUAUGCAAGGGCAAUGCGAAGGUGUGGAACCGAACGCUAAGCUUCAAGGAGGGGAUCGUGACGGCCAAGGCCGAGUAUCCUCCGAAGCUUGAAAGAGCACUACUGGCAGGAGUGCGAGCACAACUGGUUCUGGAUGGAGAAAUGAAGGAGGUGGGCCAUGUGGGUGGACCUGACCCACACGAGGAGCCACCGCUCGAAGAGUAUCUCCAUGACACCUUACCCAAGGCUGGGCAGCUUCACGUAAGCGAGCCCGUCAUAGACGCAAACACAGGGGCACAACUUGAUGCCAAAAAGGUUGCGGAAGCAAGAGCGUCAGAACUUGCCUGGGUGAAAAAGCAAGGUGUGUACGAGAAAGUCGAAGAGAGCGUGUGUUGGGACGAAACAGGUCGUCCGCCCAUAACCUUGAAGUGGGUAGACCGCAACAAAGGGGAUGAUGUUCGGGAAAACUACCGCAGUCGUUUGGUAGUCCGCGAGGUCAAGUCACAGGGACAAGCGGCGUUGAUACCAGACUACGCGCUGUUUUCCUCAAUGCCACCUCUGGAAGGAUUGAAGAUCCUAUGCAGUCUGCUGACGACACUCAAGAGGUCAAAGAGCGGAAAGAAGCUCACGCUGAAGCUGACAGACAUAUCACGUGCACACUUCUAUGGAAAAGCAGAACGACGUGUGUUUGUCACACUUCCCGAGGGAGAUGAAGCUCCCGGCUUUUGUGGUCUGUUGAAACGGACCAUGUAUGGCACCCGUGAUGCCUCAGCUGUAUGGCAGAGAUCGUACACAAGCCUGUUACGCAAGCACGGGUUUGUCGUGGGAAAAGCAUAUCCGUGUACCUUUUAUCAUGCCGAAGCCGACGUGAGAUUAUUGGUGCAUGGGGAUGAUUUCCUAGUCUUGGCAGACGAAGAUGGACAUCGCUUUGUAGACAAAGUACUGUCUGAAGAGUACGAGUUCAAGUGUGAUGGCCACAUAGGACCUGAGUGCGAAAAGGACAGCAUGACUGUCCUGAACCGGGUCGUGAGCUAUGACAGCCAGACAGGAACUGUUACGUACGAAGCGGAUCCAAGGCACGCGGAAGCCCUAGUGCGCGACCUUGGACUGGAGUCUGCGAAGGCGGCCAAAACGCCAGCAGAAAAGAAAAAGGGAAGUGACCUGAAAGCGAUGCUUGAAGCACAGCCGUUGAAUGCCGAACUUCAGAAAGCAUAUCGGUCUCAUACGAUGAGGGCAGCGUUCCUUGCGCAGGACCGUCCAGACAUUGCCGAGGCUACGAAGAGCUUAGCACGGCACAUGAAAGAACCCACAGAGUGGGCAUGGGCCGAUCUGAAGAGGCUUGUCCGCUACUUACGCGGAAAACCACGGCUGAUCUACGAGUACCACCCGCAACGGUUCAGCAAAGAGAUUGUGAUGUACUGCGACUCAGACCACGCUGGUUGCCUCAUCACGCGGAGGUCAACCACGGGACUAGUGACAAUGCUUGGAUCGCACUGCGUGAAACACUCAAGCAACGUGCAAAGCACGAUCUCCCUCUCGAGUGGAGAGAGCGAGUUUUACGCUAUAGUUCGAGCAGGGUCAAUAGGUCUGUCGCUACAGGCGAUGCUAGAAGACUGGGGAUUAAAGGUCGGUCUGCGGAUUCGAUCUGAUUCCUCGGCGGCCCGAGGCACUACCCAGCGCCAGGGCCUGGGUCAAGCACGCCACGUGCAAACCAAGAUACUUGUGGGUGCAAGAGAAAGUCGCCACGCGAGCUCUGGAGCUAGAGCGUGUAGGCACGGAGAAGAACUACUCCGACAUCUGCACCAAACCAAUGCCCGAAGUGGCAAUGCUCAAACACCUCAAGAACAUGGGAUUGCGUUUUCAUGUUGGACGAGCCGGAGCAGCCAAACGGCUCGUGUGAAGCCAAUGGGUCAAAUGACCACCUGGCUUAGGAGGGGUGUUUAG